UCGUGAUUUUAUUUCAUUAUAAACACUUUUAGUCAUAGACAAAGAGCCCGAGUUGUCAUGAAUUAACAUAUUUCAAAUCGGAAACUGACAAAAUCAGAGGAAGAAGGGGACAAAAUACGACAAAAUUAGAUAUAACAUAACACCAACAUUGUAUAGAAUAUGCUGAAAUCUAGUGGACAAAAACAAGACGUUGUUUCACGAUGGAUUUUCACAAUAAUUAUGAUAAACCUGCUGGUAGUAAUAGAAGCGGCUAUUGUACAAGACACCGACGAAGUGACCACAACUACUUCCAAAAUGGAGGAUGAAAUUACAAAACGUACUACAACUCAAUUUGCAACAGUCGCCAAUGGGGAAUCCUCGAACCAGAUAGAAACAUUCAUAUUCGCAGGCGCCUGUUUCUUGGGAGGUCUCAUUCUUACAGCACUUCUAGCGCUGUUGAUUUAUAUGAGAAACAAGAGAAACCGUCUCGUAAAGAAGAUAAUCGGGAAGAAAAUUGAACACAAUUCAAUCGAUAUUGCAAACCCUUAUCUCGGAGUGACAGAUCUAAGGAAACCAAGUAUUAACACUCCAGACACCGUUGUUUCAAUACCUCAAAAUAACAGGGAGACUAUUACAAAACAGGUAAUCCUAAAUUCAGACAAUGAGACAAAACUUCCUGAUGUGAUACAACCCGAAACUAGGAAGUCCCUAGAGCAUGGUAUCAUAACCACAUCAACCAGGAAGGUCAUAGCAGCCCCGGUUUUAAUACUGGAGGACGAAUACCAACAAGGAAGUAAGCGAUCUCGAUCUAUAAUAAACCAAUUCACUGGUUAUGUUGGAAACAGGGGUGGUGAAAUUAAAAGUGAUGAAUCAGACGUUUCAGUCUAUGUUCCCAAAGGAGCGAUACCUGUAGGUAAACAAUGCAAAAUAAAGGUAUCAGUUUCGCUUGAUUUUACAACAUACGCUGGAAAACUGUUCAAGGAAUACCAAAAUGACAUUUGGCUGACACCUCUAGUUGAGUGCACAAUUGAAGGAGUUGAGAAGACAACUAGUCCGAUUACUAUUAGGGUACCCCAUCGUGUAAACAUCGCAGGUAGCUCAAAAUGGAACAUGAAGCUUCAUUAUUCAAGUGGUGAACUCUCGGAAUCAGCAUCAUGGUGCGCGAUGUCAAACAGCACCAAACACAUAUACACUGGCGUCAACUUUAACCACAAUGGGCACUACUUCAACGUUAUGACCACCAACUCUGGGAGUUACCUGGCUACAGGCCACGGGAAGAAGAAUAUCACCCCAUUGAAGCUAUGUACCUUGGUAUAUGGAAGCAUAAAGAAAAGUGGACCGCUACAGGCUAACUUUCGCGUAUACGUCUGUGACGUCAUCAAAGAUUCACUGAAGAGAAUAAGUCUGGCCGAGAAAGAAAAGUACAGUAAACUACUAAGCAGCCAAAUGCCUCUGAAUAUGAAAUCUGGAAAAGAUUUUGAAAUCUCUCUGUUGACUAAAGACGACUCUAACUGGCCAUGGAAAUUAGCAAAUGGUCUUCCUAAAAAAACAUUCCCACUCCAAUUCUGCUACAAGGCAUCAACAGCACUACCAUACGUGGAGUUUGUAUGCGCACCCAAAGUGAGCAACAGUGAUCUCCUUGAUGUGCAGACGACAUUCAGGGUCUCUCAGAAGUCAUCAGGUCAAGAUGACAACAACCCUACAAGUAUUAAAGUAGCAUUGAAAAUAAAGAAGUUACAAACCAACAACUCACCAUUAGAUAAAGUCCCCACAGCUGAUGAACAAUGGACAAUAAUUACAACUCUCCACACACAGAACGUAAACACCUCAGAACUCUGUAGGGCUCUGGGUCUUUCUUCAGCUAGUAUAGAAGACAUCCAGAGCUGCGUUACAGAUAUGGGACGCACUAAACGUGCCAUUGAGACAUGGAGAAUAGUAUAUGGACACAGAGCAACAAUUGCUAAGUUAUGUGCUAGUUUAGAAAAUGCUGAGUUUUACGCAUUGGCUGACCUGAUUCAACAGAAAUUCACGUUUGUUGAUGUACCUUUGUAAAUGUAUGACAUGAGGUUCAUUCCAACAUUCUCAAAGUGCCAUACACCAACAUACAAUCCGAUACAAUGAUAUAUAUUUGUUUCUAGUAUAUAAUAUAAACUACAACAUAAAUAUCUGACUUUUUAGAAAAUGUUUAAAAUAUUAACCAGGGUUUUACUGAUGCCUAUUUUGCCAAUGUUUCUAUAAAGGUGCUUCAAGAACAAUUGCAGUAACUGUGACGUGCUCCGAUUUCCAUAUCUUCAAUGGAAUCAUUAUAUUUAUUGAACGUGUAUGUUAAACAUACUUAUGUCACUGUCUUGUGGUAUAGACUACUAGGAUGCCAUUUAUCAUGAUAGGUGAUUAUCCUUAACAAGGGAAUUCUAGAUAGUAACAUAACCUCCAAGUCCAAAUACUAAUUGAAUGGACUAAGUACAGUAUUAGCGCAACUUCAUUCAUACAGUCAAUCAUUAAAAAAUGACAUAUGCCCACAGCGUUGUUCAUGUUGAAUGUAUGUAUCAUAUGGCUGAUAUAUAAUAUGGCUACUUCAAAGCCAUAUAUUGCCGAGCUUUCGUUUUGAAGUGGCUAAUUCUAACUUGAUCCAAAUACUUUCACCAUUGAUGGAUUUUGAUACAGACUAUCUCGUCUAUAAAUAUCAAAGCUAAAGAAUACUUAUCCCGUAAAUU